GUCUGCUGAUCCAGGCUAUUUGGACACCCUGACUCAGGUUCUGGGGAUCCCCCCACCCCCCCAAGGGGGCAGAAUGGAGUUAGAGGAGGGUUACAAUGGAAGUUCAGCCCUGGGAGCUCAAGGGGGCGCGGCUAUGUCCAUCAUUGGUGCAGAAGAUGAGGAUUUUGAAAAUGACAUUGAACCUUUCCAGCAUCCGGACACUCAAACCAGCUUGUUCCAAAACCUGGAGAUCUUGAUGAAGCAUCCUGCCUACCUGAUGGUUUUCAUACAGCAUGUGGUGUUGCAGUUUGAUUCAAGCCCUGUGCUCUGUUACCUGCAUGUGGACCUCAUUCUAAACCGCCUUGGGCCCAAGGAAGCCAAGAAGCAAUUUGUGGAUUUUUGCCAUGCCUUCUUGGACAAAACUGGGCUGCUGAGAGUCCCUGUUCCGAAUGCUGUGCAAUUUGAACUGGACCGAAACAGACCGGAUCUCAUCCCGGAAGACCAACUGAAAAAAUAUUUGCAGGACAUCCAAUCCUUUCAAGAGGUGGAGAUCUCCCAGCAGUUGGAAGAUUUCAGGGAAAAACGGAAAAUGGGAAUGACCCCAGGAGAGAAGGAGCUUUUCGAACUGGAAGGCUAUCGGACCAAGGACAAAGGCAUCAGGGAGGCCAAAGAGAAACAGCUGGCCGAACAGCUGAUGGUCAAACUGGAGGAGAUGCACCUCACCAUUUCUGCCGACGAGGAAAAAAGCUCUGCCAUAUAUACUGCCAUUGUCACAUAUAUGAAGCAUCUGGGGGUUAAGACCAAGACAGCUGACAACAAGAAGUCGAAAGCUAACUUUUUCCGCAAAAAGAUUUCCAAGAAACCAGACGAAGCUCUCAAACCAAAGAAAGGCUUCAGCAUUUUGGACCCAGCCCGCUGGAACCGUGGGGAUUCCCAUUAUUCUGAUUACAGACAGCCCAAACCUGAGGGUGAAGCAGCUGAGAAGACACCAGCCUUGGACAAAAAAGCCAAGUUAACAGAAGGAACGUCUGGGCGUAGCAAAGGGAUCCCUUCGAUGCAGGAUCCCUCUGGUGUGUCCGUCACUGUGCAUCCCCCACCUGGAGAGAGCAAUGAUGCAGAGCAGGGGUUGGACAGUCCAGCUCUAGCUGAUUCGGGAGAUUCACCAGUUGCUGAACAAGCCCUGGCUGGAGAGCAGCUCUCGCUGGAUGAAAGCGCCGAAAAUGAAAGGCUGCCAGGGAAGUUGGGCCGCUCGGAGAGCCUGCGGGUUUACGAGCGGAAGCGGUCUCAGCGAGGCUCAGCCAAAGGCAAACAGCCACGUUCGCGGAGCGAUGUGGACAUCGAAGCCGCGGCCCGGGCCAACGAGCUGGAAGAAAAACCAACUCUAGAACAGGCUCGGAAGAAGCAGGGAAGUCGCAAUUUGGAGCCCGGAGGGGCCGGGGGAGGGGAGCCCCCACCGUCCUUUCUGCUUCCCCAGUCUGAGGAGUUUGAGCCGCGUGUUUCGGAACUGGAACUGGACCCGCCAAACUGGCGGGAGCUUGUCCCCCCCGACACCCUCCUCAGGCUGAAGAAAAGUGAAGUAAAGCGGCAAGAAGUGAUCAACGAGCUGUUUAUCACAGAGCACGCCCAUCUGCGGAUGCUCCGGGUGUUGCUUGAGGUUUUCUACCAACCAUUGUUGACCGAGGGAUUCUUCACCGAGAGCGAACUGGUGAACAUUUUCCCCAGUCUGGAGGACUUGAUCGACGAACACAAAGUGUUUCUGGAAAACAUGAAGAGGCUGAGGGAGGAGAAUAAUUUGAUUGUCUCCGAAAUUGGAAGCACUCUGCUGGCUAGAUUCAAUGGGUCUGAAGGAAACUGGUUUCAGAAGAUCUCCUCUCGGUUCUGUAGCCGCCAAUCCUUUGCAUUAGAGCAGCUGAAGGCAAAGCAGAAGAAAGAAACUCGUUUCAACCAGUUCAUCCAGGAAGCAGAAAGCAAACCCCGAUGCCGGCGAUUGCAACUGAAGGACAUCAUUCCUAUUGAGAUGCAGAGGCUAACCAAGUAUCCGUUGUUGCUCCACUCUAUUGCCAAAUGUACUGAGGAAGCUGAGGAGCGUCAGAAGGUGGAAAAGGCGGCCGAAUGUUGUCGUCAGAUCCUCAACCACGUCAACCAAGAAGUCCGCGUUAUGGAGAAUUUACUGAAACUCAAAGACUAUCAGCGGCGUUUGGACCUCUCCAAUCUUAAACAAAGCACAGAUCCCCUGCUGAGUGAAUUUCGGAACACAGAUAUCACCAAGCGAAACCUUGUGUACGAGGGACCCCUGACGUGGCGAGUUACCAAGGAUAAAUCAGUAGAUGUUCACGUCCUCUUGCUGGAUGAUAUCUUGGUCCUUCUCCAGAAGCAGGAAGAGCGCCUGGUGCUCAAGUGUCACAGCCGCACAAUCACCCCAACCCCUGACGGGAAACAAAUGCUGUCCCCCAUCAUCAAGCUCAAUUCUGCCAUGACCCGUGAAGUGGCCACAGACAUCAAAGCUUUCUACGUGAUCUUCAGCUGGGAGAACGGAGCUCAGAUCUAUGAACUGGUGGCUCAGACAGUGUCGGAGAGAAAGAACUGGUGCAACAUAAUUAGCGAUACUGCUGGUUCACUGAAGCUACCCGCUUCCAAUGCCAAACCUCGGCUUUCGGUAACAAACCGAAUCUCACCACAUAGUCCCAGCUACUAUUCAGAAACGCUCCUGGGUGGAGCAGAAAAUGGCGGCCCCCUUAAGGAGGCACUGCAGUCAGAGGAACAAGAAAAAGAUGGAAUGCUAGAAGGUGGAGAGUUUGAGGAACGGAACCCUGUUGGUGGAGCAAAGAUGGACAAAGUGGUGGAGGCCUUCAUGACUGACCUACAGACGUUCUGCAGAUCUCCACCUUCUGGCCAGGCCUCUCUAGCCUCUUCCGCACAGGACCGAGUUUUGGCCCUGAAGAGGCUACUUCAGAUACCGGACGAAGGAGAGGCCCUCUUUCCUGUAGAACCUACAGAUCUUUCUCCAGAGAAUGGAGGCCCCCAGGAGGGAGAAGAGGAAUGGAAUGGGACGUUCAGGGUUGAAGGAGAUAACAGCAGGAGGCUUCCAGCAUUUAUCUCCACAGCAGGUUCUUUGAAUGGCCCUCCAGAUCCAGAGUGGAGUUCUGAACACCUGGAUAAGGAAAGUCCCCGCUUCUCCAUCGUUCUGUCCCUCCAGCAAUCUGACGGAGUGAAGCAUCACUUGAAGCUUCUAGAAGAUGCAAUUCAGGGUCUGAAGGAUAUAGAAACAGAAUACUGGAGGCUUCAGCAGCUGAUGGGGAAGUUGACAUCAUCUCAACAAUCUGGUUCCACAUGAGACUUGGCCAAGCAAGGCCUGUUGGAAGCAAAUGAAGCAAGAAACUGUGUGGGCUAAUCCAUUUAUCCUGCCAGGAGGUUCCUCUCCCAGCACGAGGCAACCCCACGGGGAUCUAAGCUACUGCUUGAUUUGUAUAGGGAGCGAUGCUGUGGAUUUUGUACAUAGAAUUUUCUGCCUAAAUCACGUUAUAAGGGGAAAUGUUUAGAGCAGGGGUAUCCAAUUUUCACAACUUUUAAGACCUUGGGGACUUCAACUCCCAGAAUUCCCCAGCCGGCAUGGCCGGCUGGGGAAUUCUGGGAAUUGAAGUCCACACACAUCUUCAAGUUGCCAAGGUUGGACAACCCUGAUUUAGAGGUCGAAGCAUCUUAUUUAGAAAAAGUCCUGCAAAACCUUUCAAGUGUGUGGAGAGGAAAAUCUUACAUUAGGUCGGAAAGACAGAUGCUUUGGGAUGGAUCACCUUCCCUUUUUAAGCCAGGGAAAUAGUUUACAGUGCUGAUUCUCAGGGGUGACAUAUUACAAAACUGGGAUCUGAUGAUCUUCUCUAUCGGCCAAAAUAGGUGGUUGGGCUAACCAAGAACUCAGGUGCCUGAGACCAGAGUCCAUAAUUCGAUGGGCUGUUUCCUAAGAGGCUCUCAAGAUACUUCAAAGAGGGUGUGUAAGUAGGAGGCGAGCGCAAUUGUGCCUUCCCUCAAAAGUUCAUCCUCAGCUCCCAGGAGUGUAACUCACCCAUUAGUGUAUUAUCUUCUACACACACAUAUCACUGUUGUUGUUAGAAAAUGCAAUUGCAGCCAAGCUUCCGUAGGCAGGAGAAACAAACUCACUUCUAAAAGCUCUCCUGUUUAUUUUCCUGGAUUAAUAUUUUAUCCUCACAUAGAUACACAUAGGUAAACCCUGCAGACAUACCUAGUUUUUUCCUACCAAUCUUGGUCUGAAUAACUAUCUGAACUCAUUUAAUAAGGUCCCAAGUUUUCUGCCAGUUCUUCCUGCCCCAUCAUGCUUUUUCUCCAGCCUGCCAAACCAAACCCAGCUCAACCAUCACCACCGGAAGGGUGAAAUUCUUACAAAAAUGGAAUAAGAUAGGUAAAAGUUCAGGUUGGUACUUUCUCCAUGACACACCUUAAAAAAACAACAACUGUUACCUCCAGUCUUCCUGGCCUCCAUAUCUUGCAAAAAAUGUUGGGUCUACAUUGAAUGACCCACCACACAAGCCAUGUUAGCUGGGGACUACAGGAAAUGGUCCUCUCAGCUUAUCUUGAGGGGCCCCUCAGGUUAGGGAAGGCCGAUUGCCAACGAUGGACCUGCGGGCUGCAAUUCUAAAGAACUUACAGUCCAAAUAUAAAUGUUUUAAGAUUGGGUGAAAUGUUUCCAUGGCUCUGGAGUUGAAAGGGGUGCCUUUCUGAGUUGCUUUAGAUAUCUCUGAGAACUUCUCCAGCGGGAGGAAGAUUAGCAACAAGCACGCUUCCCAGAAAGACUACUUUGCUUCUUUGCUGCCAGCCUUCCCUUGGGUACAAAUGGAGAUAAUUGAACCUUGAGUGCAAUACAUCCUGAAUCUCUUGGUCUCAACGCAAGGGUUCCCAUCACCUCAAGCUUUAUUGUUGAGGAGCUGAGCAAGGAAAAAGGUCCCUCCCCUUUGAAAAGUUAGCCAUUCCUGAAGCUUCCUUCCAAUUUGACCUUUCCUGUUCAUAGCCCCCUCCAUCUUCCACCAUCUUUUCAUUAGAGAGGGAAAAAAUAACCCGUCCCCCUCGCCUGCCCCUACUCGCCUGUGUCCAUCACAAACCACGCACAAGCAGUCCAUCUUUUGAACCCUCCCACAACGCAACGCACGGUGACCUCCCUGCUUUCGACCAUCUGCUGUUCUGCGCUCUGCUCAGCAGGUGGUGCCCUAGCUAUGUGUCUGUGUAGGUAUGUGUGCAGUGCACACCUACACACGUUUGCGUGCAUAACAGGUGCUACUUCUUUGGGUUUUCCGUGGGUUGAGACAAUUCAUCGUUCAAACCCCGGAGGGGUUUCUCAACCUCUUCGCUCCAUCCCUCUGCAGCGGUUGCAUAAGUGUGUAAACUCGUUGGGUAGAGUUGGUCCCAGGGAACAAGAGUGUUUUAAAAGGUCAGGGAAGAUUUGGCUGUGUUGAGAUCCACGCAGCAGCCAAACCUUCCUUUCACUUUUCUUGCUUCCUCAUUAGGGAAAAAGAAGCAUUUCUGCACAGAAUGGAAAAUGAUGAGUUAAUUGGGGGGGGGGGGGUACAGGGAAGUUUCUGAGAAAGAAGCUGAAUCCAUCCAAGAGGAGAGAAAAAAAAAGUUUUUAUAUAGGGAGGAGAAAAGUGAUGGGGCCUAACCCACAGAGGGAAUAUAGAACAGGGGGAAGAGGUGAGAGCCCAAUCCACCAACAUCUUCAGAGACAGGCCUUCAUCUAAUUGCUUCCAAGUGUUUUUAUACUGUCUUGAUAAUGUGCUUGUAUUUUAAGAAAAACUUGUUUCUUUUUUGGGGAACUGGGAAACAGUUCCAAUGUUAAGGGAAUGAUGGGGGAAUCCAGGGCUGUUUUAAUGUAGAGUGAGAUCAUGUUUAGUUGUGUCUAUUUUUUUUUUAAAUCCAUUGCUGUACAAAGCGUGUAAACCGAUAUAUUCCAUGAAUUUUUUUCUCUUUGACCUCCCAGUAUUAUGAAGUAUAAAGUUUUAAAAGGGAUGGAGAAAAGGAUGUUGGUCUGAAGACCUGUUUUCACAGCUGAUGUCUUUUGCAGUGUUAAGAAAUAUUCUCAAGAUCGCCCCGUAGAAAUUCCCUCCCCUACAGAUAUUUCAGUUCCAUUUCUGGCUUUCCUCUCUUGUUUUGGGGCAGAAAUGAAAGAAUACAUUUUUCUUUUGCAUUUCUAUAAUCAGGCCAUGCCCUGCUCUGUGUUUCUUGCAUAGUUGUACCAUGUGUAAAAUGUGAUGAUGACUGUAUAUUUUAUGCCUCAAAACAGACAUGAAAAGCCAUUUCCUAGUUUUGAUGAAAGUGGAGAAAAAUGUUGGCGCACGUUCAGGAUUCCUGGCAGAACACUUUUGGUGCAUAACUCUGUUUUUUUUAUCUGCUUGCUUGUGACUGGGUCAUAGUCCCCGAUUCCAAACUCUUGGGAAUUGAGAAGCUUAACCAGUGAUGUGAAAUCCUCCAUUUGCCAAAUUCAGUAUUCUUAACCAGAGUUCAUAAUCCAGUGGUUUGGGGAUAAAUAUCCAUUAUAUUAAUGAAGAUCCUUAUUAUAGGGAUGGGC